UUUUUCACGAUUACAUCAAUAUAAUGAUUCUUCUUCGAUCAUCUCUCAGAUAUCUUUCUCAUUUCGCCCCAUAGCCAAUAUCGCUUUAGCACCAUGUCCAUACAAAUGUUCGUACCUGAUAUACCCGAAAGACAAGAGAUGUUGCCGAGUGGGUUUUACAUCUCCAGGAACAAAGCAUAGUGAGAACUGCAGAGCUGCUCAACCACCCAUAGUUAUAUGCAGACUUUGCACAAUCCUGCCACCCAUUCUGUACAAACAUUGUCGUUGCAAGUAUAGAUAGAAGUUAAAGCAUGGUUGUACUAACUAAGGAGGACCUAGUUAAUAAUGCAGCUGUGGGGAACCCCGCCUGUUAUCGGACAUAAUGCCGAGUUUCGGGGUAUAUCAAUACAACAAUUGGCAUUCGGACUUUGUUUCUUCUUCUUAUUUUCCAAAAUUAUUAUCCUGCUAUACAAUCGCUGCUUGAUCGCGGGUAGUGGUCAAGAUGGUUUAUACUGCUUCGUUUGCGUUCUUCGAGGCCCUCUGGGAGGCCGGAGUCAGUCAUGUCUUCGUCAACCUAGGAUCGGACCACCCCUCCAUCCUCGAGGCCAUGGUCAAGGGCCAGAAAGAAAAGAGGGACGCAUUCCCCAAGAUUAUCACCUGUCCUAACGAGAUGGUCGCCCUCUCCAUGGCCGACGGCUACGCUCGCUUGACCGGAAAACCGCAAUGUGUUAUUGUUCACGUCGAUGUCGGAACACAGGGAUUAGCAGCAGCAGUUCACAAUGCCUCGUGUGGCCGGACACCAGUGUUGAUCUUUGCGGGGCUCUCGCCGUUCACGAUUGAGGGGGAGAUGCGCGGUUCCCGCACCGAAUAUAUCCAUUGGAUCCAAGAUGUUCCUGAUCAGAAGCAAAUUCUGUCGCAGUACUGCCGUUAUGCUGGGGAAAUCAAGUCAGGGAAGAAUAUUAAGCAGAUGGUUAACCGGGCGCUGCAAUUCGCGACGAGUGAUCCAAUGGGCCCGGUAUACUUGGUUGGUGCGCGUGAGGUGAUGGAGGAGGAGAUUGUGCCGUAUCAGCUCAAUCAGGGCGUUUGGGGCUCUGUGGCUCCUUCUGCUUUACCAGCUGAAGGCGUGCAACUUAUCGCAUCCGAGCUGGCGGCCGCUAAAGAGCCACUGGCUAUUGUCGGCUAUUCGGGUCGACAUGCCAGGGGUGUGACUGAAUUGGUCAAGCUGGCAGACACUUUCAAGGGUCUGCGUGUCCUUGAUACAGGUGGUUGUGACAUGUGCUUCCCCGGGGACCAUCCUGCGUCAUUGGGAUUACGCUACGGUAUCCACGAUGCUAUAAAAACGGCGGAUUUUAUCUUGGUCGCGGAUUGUGAUGUCCCUUGGAUCCCAACUCAAUGCAAGCCGUUGGACUCGGCCAAGAUUAUCCAUGUCGACGUUGACCCACUGAAGCAGCAAAUCCCUGUUUUCUACCUCCCAUCUAUGGCUACAUUCCGCGCGGAGUCGGCCACUGCAUUCAAGCAAAUCAAUGAAUACGUCGCGUCCAAUGACUCCCUGAAACAAUUCGCCAGCUCUUCAGAGAACACUGAGUUUGGCAAGAGCCGAGAAGAGGUAUUCCAGAAGACCCGUCAAAGCGUCGCGCAGCUGGCCUUCGUGCCUGAUGGCGGAGAUGGUGCCCCGCUGAAUGUGUCCUAUCUCAUGUCCCAAGUUCGAUCCGGAUGCCCAAUCGACACCAUCUGGGCCAUUGAAGCAGUGACUCUGAGCGGAUUUGUCUCUGACCAAAUCGCCGCUACACUCCCCAAAUCCUGGCUCAACUGCGGUGGUGGAGGUCUUGGUUGGUCCGGCGGUGGUGCGCUGGGGAUCAAACUCGCAACAGAUCUAGAAAACGGCGGCACAAACAAAGGUAAAUUUGUCUGCCAGAUUGUUGGUGACGGAACCUUCCUCUUCUCCGUCCCCGGGUCCGUCUACUGGAUCUCCCGCCGCUACAACAUCCCCAUCCUGACCAUCGUCCUGAACAACAAGGGCUGGAACGCUCCUCGGAGAAGUAUGCUGCUAGUCCACCCCGAGGGCGAUGGCUCGCGCGCUACCAACGAGGAGCUGAAUAUCUCAUUUGCUCCGACGCCCGACUACGCAGGUAUCGCACGGGCUGCUUCUGGUGGAGAUAUUUGGGCUGGUCGUGCUGCUACUGUUGCUGAUCUCGGGCGGUUGUUGCCGGAGGCUAUUAAGAGUGUGCAGAGCGGGAUCACGGCUGUCUUGGAGGCGCAGCUUGACGGCACGGAGGGCAAGUAUGUUGAGAAAUAGCGGAUAUUUUAUCCAUGACCAUAGCAUAGCGAGACAAUCCAUGCUCCGUAUUCGGAGAGACUUAUCGGCUGAUAAGCGGACCGACGAUAGCCUUAUCUAUGCGGGGUUGCAUGUCUCACAGUGCAGGAUACAAUGCAGUAACUAGAGAUGCAUUUCCAUUGCAAAUCCGUCGGGUAUUAUGGCGAAUGACGCUAGAUAGCAGUUUAUAUGAAAUAAUGAAAACCACAAUUCUCCAACGGUUAUGCUUCGUGUCAA